AAUUAUAUUUUAAAUUUCAGUGCGCGCUCCUGGUCCACACGAAAGAGCCGGACGAACCAUAGGAACUGAUAACCCGCUUCACGGUUAGCAGGAGGUCUGCACAGUAUUAACAGGUCCCUGGGAAAACAGCAGAAUGUCUGAAGAAAAGCCAAAGGAAGGCGUGAAGACUGAAAAUGACCACAUUAACCUGAAGGUGGCCGGACAGGACGGGUCAGUGGUACAAUUCAAAAUCAAGAGACACACUCCGCUCAGCAAAUUAAUGAAAGCAUAUUGUGAAAGACAGGGAUUGUCAAUUCGUCAGAUAAGGUUUAGGUUUGAUGGGCAGCCAAUUAAUGAAACGGACACACCUGCACAGUUGGAAAUGGAGGAUGAAGACACAAUUGAUGUAUUUCAGCAACAGACAGGAGGAGCCUAUUCUUAAGUGGGAUGUGAACACCUACUCUUGGAGACCAUUUACAGCUUUUUUAUUUCUUGUUGUAAUUGUUUAUUUCUGUUUUUACUCAGUUAUUUUCUUUUCCCUCUCCUUUUUCACCCCUCAGCUGGACAUAAAGCAGAAUUGAUUUUCAGAACAUUUUAAAGGGUGUUGUUUUUUCAUUUUGAGCCAAAUCCUGACUCUGAGACGCAGGGUAAUUUUUUAAACUUGUUUUAUUUACAUAAAUGGAUAAACUGUCCAAGGCAGGGAAACGUCUCUAUUCAGAUAUGGCUUCUAAUGGAAAAAUUCUUCUUUUCUUGUCAUUAUCUCCUGCAUGUUCAUAAACCAUAAGCUAAACUACAUGCCAAAAUCACUUUUUCUAUCUUUUUGUAAAGGUUUUUGUUAAUUUUCUACAUUGUUUUAAGCGUUCAAAUUCAGGAUGGGUUCAGAACAUGGACUCGGCUUUUUAUUUUUAUCCAUAUGCAGGAGGGCAUUUUUGUCUUUCGGAACAAUUUAAAACAAUUUGCCUGAUGUAUCCUUGACCAUUUACCUUUACACAUUUCCAUAUGGAUGGUUUACCUCAACACUGUCACCCUCAAUGCAGAUUUAACCGAGUGGUAAAUAAAGUAUGGUAAUAUCUCUGGACCAAAAAUGCUAAAUGGAAUAAUGUUGUUUUUAUAAAAGGCUGUGUUUAAUAUAUAAAAUGUAGAUGUAAACUAAUACUGUGACUCUGUACGGUGUGGUUACACAGCAGGAGAUCAGUUUUCUUUCCAGACUGGUGCCCACCUCUUCAGCAGAGUUAAACAAUCCACUUACAUUGUUCAGAAAAUAUUCAGUGUCUCAUCUAAAGUGACAAGGUGAUAUAUUUCUGUGUAAAACUAUUGAGUAGAUGCUGUUUUUUCUUCUUAAUUCCUCAUUUUAAUUCUCAUUUAUUGGAUUUGAAGGGUGACACUGACAGCCAUACCGCAUUUUAUUUGUACUUUUUUGUCCCUUUACUGUAAACAAUAAAACAUAAUUUGAUACUUGGA